AUGGCACAGCCAGACGGCGCCCAGACAUUAAGGCGAUUCCUUGCUGGACUGCCGCGCUCCAAUGACUACAAGUUUACGAAUCAGGUCAGAUCGCUGAUUCGGUCGACAUUGAAUAAAACGGCAGGGCUUGAUGAAUAUCAGCUGAAAGUCGAUCCUGACGUGCACAAUCACUUCAAUCGCCCCUGUGGACGCAAGUUCCAGCGUGGAGAAGCUUGCUAUAGGUGUCUCACCUGUGGAUUCGACGAAACUUGUGCCCUGUGCUCUUACUGCUUCCAACCUCAGCAUCACCAGAACCACCAGGUCCAUAAAAGUAUCAUACAGCGGGAGACAAACGGCUGCUGCGACUGUGGAGACCCCGAGGCAUAUGGCUCACUGAAGUGUGACUUGUCGAAGAACCAAAUAAUGGAGCAGACUCCUUGCACCCCAGAGUUCGAGGCCACUAUCAGUAUUGCUCUGGAUUAUAUCUUGGACGUCAUGAUGCACUCUUAUGCGUGCAUUUUGCCCCCUAAAACACGUCUGGACGUGUUGCACUGGUCAGAGCUAUCUGAAUUGGACUACCAUCUCUAUGGAGUCAAGGACGAAAACUCGUACAAGUUCGCAUUGGUGCUCUACAAUGACCAAAUACACCAGUAUAGAGACGCCGUGCAGCGCGUGAGGUUUGCUACCGGUAAGGUGAACGAGUUCGCAGAAAUGGUGGUGUCCAAGUGCAAUUCUUUCGGUAAAGCAGUGGUGAUGAUCUCGACAGACAUUGAUUUUUUGCUGAAGAAGCAAUCUAUACUCACGUCUACAGGGCUGACUGCUUGCAUCCGAAGUUGCAGAGAUGUUUUCAAGGAGAACGUUUGCGAUGAGCUGAUUAUGUGGAUAUCAGACCUCACCAACUCAAUGAUUGUGAAGAACAAUUUGAACUACCAAGACGCCAUUUGUGUGGCAUUUCUCAGCAGAUACAACCGUGGAUACAAAGACUUGCCAGUGUCUGUCCAGGAAUUGAAGCUUCAGGACUAUAACCUCAAUCGAGAUAAUUAUGAUGGCGCAUUACCAAGGGACACUCUGGUAUACUACAAGUUUCAAACACACUACACCCCAUUGCAAUAUGAGUGGGAGAUUCCUUCGGAUAUUUUAAAACAAUGCCAGUAUUCCAACCUCUCUCUUCUGGGGAGCGGUAAGAACUAUGUCCAUUUUGAGGGUUCCCGAUUCCAAUAUCUAGCAUAUUUUGACAUUAGAUUCUGCAAGACCAUUCGAACGAAACUGCACGAUAUUUACGUUUCAGUCAUCAUUAAUGAUUUAAAGUACAAACUCCUUUUCACCGCACAAUAUGUUGACAUAUACGUAGAUCUCACGACAAUGUUUCUGUCGCUGGAUCGGGAACCAGAGUAUUCAUUGUUGCCGAUACUGUCGCCUCAGCUUUUUACAUGUCCUUCAAACUGUACCGCCAUAGUGAAACAUGGAGACAUGUGCAAAAUGAUAGAAAUGGUUGAUUACUAUGUGCGAACAGGGUUUACCAAAGCAAGUCACUCGCAAUACACCUCCAAUAAGACUGGACUUCUGUACUUCUCACUGAAGAAUCGCAAGUGGGGGCAUAUUUUUUUAGACAUGACCUACAUCAUUAGCAGAAAUCAAAUCAACGGCAAUCUAUUUUCAUAUCUACCAUACUUUAGCAAGCUGUUAGACGUUUUAUCAGUGUUUCAAGGGAGACCAGCCAUCAAGCGUGAGGCUACCACUCACGUAGAAUAUGAACUUACAGACUACGGACUCUAUUUCAAUGGAAUGUCGGUGAUAUCUCACUUUCUGGAACACAUUUCCAAGGCACUCAAUAAAACUUCUUCCGAAGACUCUUCGCACUAUUUGUUGAAGCUCACUGUUUGCCAAAUUAUACGUACUUUGUUCAUCAAGCGUGAAUCUCCGAAAGAGAGUGAGAUGGGAGUUAACAAAAUAAUUGAGAACCAAGAACCCAUGGUUGAGUUUCAUACAUUACAAAUCAACAAUGUUUCCACUCGUAUCGUCAAGUUUGACGUGUUGAGUGAGAAGGUGAGCUUUUUGCACCCGUUACACUCUUUCCUUUCUUGGUGUAUUGAGAUGAGCCCGUCUCUUUCGAAAGAGUCAAUAUUUGGAUUUUUCAUGGAUUGCAUUGAUCAGAUUCCUCGGAUGUUGGACGUUGGCUUGCCGGAUGCCUUUCUCACGGGUGACUAUACAAAAGCAGUGUUUGAUAUUCCUUUAAGGACAAUUGUAUUGUUGUCGCAAAUCAAGGUCGGACUCUGGGUUAGAAACGGUCUGAGUAUAAGAAAUCAAAUGAACAUUUACAAGAACUCUGGCAUACGUGAGUUUGGUUAUUUCAGAGACCUGUUUUUGGUCCAGGUGUUUUGCGCCUUCCAAAGCACUGAUGUAAGCCUACCCACGUUGAUUGAUAGAUGGAGUCUUGUUGAUUGGUGUCAAGGAGAUUAUGAAAAUUCUCCAUACACCACAGCGCAUGUUCAUGAAAUGGCCGAAGAAUUUAUCUUGUUCUUGAUCAACUUGCUCACUGAGGAUUUGCACCUGCACAAGAAAAGUGCAGCGGAAAUUCCAGAUUUGCGAAUUAGGAAAGAAAUUAUCCAGUCUCUAUGCUUCAAGCCCGUCAGCUAUAGCAAAAUAACGUCAGAAAUAUCAGAACACAUAACCUCAGAAAAGAGGUUCUUUAUUGUGUUCAAUCAGUGCGUUGAUGAGAUUCCUCGGAAAGCAGCUUCCGAGUCAUUCAAGGAUGCAAAAACAUACAAAUUGAAAGAGGAGCUUUACGAUGAAGUAGAUCCCUACUACAUUCACUAUAGCUCAAAUAAGAGGGAGGAUUGUAUGAGGAUACUCAAGGAGCGUAUUCAUCACAUCACGAAAGUACCGAUGGCAGAAGUCUACGUUUCUCCAAAAAGAAUUGACUGGGAUGAUGGUCCAUUCAAAAGCCUGACUAAGAUUACAUGCUCUGUCCAUUUCAUAUCUAUUCUCGAAAGCACGCUCAAAUACUGUUGGGACCAUGUCAAGCCAGAGUUUUCCAUUGACACAUUGCUUGAUUUCACAUUGCAUCUGACACAUAUCGCUGUGUGCUUGCCCAAUGCCUCCGAAUUUAUCUCGCUCUACAUCCGGAACUCCAAGGUUCCAUCAUUGCUCUACUCAUUGCUUCUAAAAGAGAAAUUUAGAGCUUUCUUUCCAAAAUGCAAGGCCAUUUUGAAAAUUGUGUGCGACCAUUUUGAAAACGAUCUUGACGUGUUGACCCAAAUGAUGCCGGAAUAUAACCCGUCAAAUAUCAAGCCAUCCAGCGCAUCUGAAGAGUCCACUUCAGAUAAGAAAAAACGUCUGGCAAAGAAAAAACGCUCUCAAAUCCUGGCCAAGUUCAAGAAGCAGCAACAGAAAUUUGCGGAAAACUUUAGUAUCGAUGGUACCGAUUUAAUGGACGUCGAUGACUAUGACUCUAAUGAGGAAGAUAAUAGCUGGACAUAUCCUCAUGAAAGAUGUAUUCUUUGCCAAAUGCCUGCGAACUAUGAAAAUGAACCGUUUGGGAUCAUCAGUUACAUUGUGCAAAGCAACGAAUUUAGAUCGAUUCCGUUUGAUGAUAGAUAUUGGUUUUACAAGAGCUUCACUGGCAAUGCAAAUUUGGAUGAGGCAGAAAUCACCAGGAAUACCAAACUGCAGGCUUAUCUAAAUAAGGUGGAAGAAGAUGCCGUCAUUGGGCCCGGAUUCCCAAGUAACGAGCACGCUUGUAACGAAAACCACGCGGUCUUCAACAGCUGUUGUCACGGUAUGCACUUCUCCUGUUACACAAGCUUUCUUAAAUCGAUUAAAGCGAGACAAGUUUCACAGAUUACAAGGACAAUACCGGAAGACGUAUCUCGCCAGGAAUUCCUGUGUCCAUUGUGCAAAGCUGUUAACAACAUUUUUGUUCCGAUAUACUAUACAUCAAACAGCACAAGUCUGGUCAACAAACUCAGAAACAAGUCAGAAUCAAUUCUCGACCCAGGACUAGAGGACUUUUUAGCGAACAGUUCCGCACACCUCGAUGUCAUCAAGAACGAUCUGAUUGGCUACGUGAAGUCUAAUGUCAAACCCCAAUACUGGUUCAUUAAGGAUGACAAUUUGACAGUUGAUACAGCGUCUAAGUCUUUUUUGGCACUGAAUCACUCGCUAAGCGCACUCGCUGUCCUUUCCUUACCGUUUGAUGGUAUAAGUUCGCUUAUAACAAAAACAAUUGAAUCGGUGGAAAUCUCUCUAAGAGGGCUCUACUAUGACCCAGGGGCCUUGCAGCUUUUGAUUUACGAAAUUCCUAACCAGUCUCUGACCUCAUUGCGUGUUUGGAAUCAAUUUCGCGAGCUCAUCAGAAACACAGAGACAGCUACAUCAACGACAAAUCAAUACAGUCGCAGCUACUUAACAUAUCCCGAAAGACUUUUGGGACUAUGGAACAACAUAUACAAAGAUGAAGACCUUCUUCAUGAGGGUGAAGACUACUUCAAGCUCCUAGUCGGAGCCGAGGAGGUUCCUAGCCUGGGUCUGGAUUACAGCAGGCUUCUUCAUUUGUGCUAUCUCAAGCACGUGAGACAAUCAGUGUUGAGUUUGAUGAGCAAGUUGGAGGUUAUGAAGUUUGACUCGGAGGAUAUGGUCAAUGAUCUCGCCGACAUACCGUAUGACUCGCCCAAGCUUGACCGUAUAUGGCAGGUGUUUUGCGGAAACGAACAUUCGCAGGCCAGUCGAGUUUUGUACUCGAUGCUUGUGAGGCUGGUAACGCCAUUCCUUAGAAAAUGUCUGAUCUAUUCCUUUGUGCGCUUUUCGGUCCUCCUUCCAGGUGAGCUUCCGGACUUGACUCAAUUUUCUCUUGAAUGUGACAAGUUAUGUGCAGUGAUGAAUCUUCCGAAUCUUUAUGAUGUCUUGGAAGCCUUUCCGCUAGAGCAAUUCAGAACUUCUAUGGAAAGAAAAUUGCAGUUGCGAGAUGCUAGAAUCCAAUUCCCCGCUCAAAUGAGACUGAUUCCUUUGCCUCAGCGCUUGAACAAAUUCUUCAGUCUUUACUAUAACAAACUUACAGAUAAACCUUCUGAUCCUGCUAUAUGUCUAUUCUGUGCCAAGUUGGUCCAUCUCCAGGUUCAGAAUUAUGGUGAUCGUCUAGGAGCUUGCAACAUCCACCUAAAGUGGGAGUGCAUAAACGGAGAGUUUGGCAUAUUUUUCAUUCCAAAAAGCAACUCUAUUCUUCUGUUGAACAAGGGUAAAGGAUCGUUUUUCGAAAGUCCGUAUUUGGAUGACUACGGUGAGAUAGAUCAAGAUUCCAAAAAGGGACAUGACCUGUCGCUUUCGCAGCCCAAGUACGACGAAUUUACCAGAACUGUCUGGCUGCAGCAUAACAUUCCUAAUCAAAUUGCCCGCAAGCUGGAGAGCCAGAUCGAUAUUGGAGGCUGGGAGACGUUAUGA